AUGGCAGAGGCACAGGCGGAUGUUGCCGCUAGCUUGAAAUCGUUGAUACAGAAACGCGGGCAGAUAAAAUCUCAAUGCACUAGGUUUAGUUCGUAUCUAGAUGGAUUAGACGUGCGAAAUACAUCAAUUGUCGAGCUGCGUCAACGGUUGCACAAAUUCAACGAGACAUGGGACAACUUCGACAGAAUACAAACAGAGAUUGAAGAAAUACAGGUUAGUCCGGACGAUGCAAGAAAUCAUGACGAAGAAAAACGUUCUUUUGAAGAGAGAUACUUCGCUAUUACGUCCGAGCUUGAAACGAUGAUCGAAAGCAAGAUGGGAUCAGCGGCACAUAACCUAAACCAGGUUCCACGAAACUUAAGGGAAGGAACGCCGGCUACUCAGGGAAGUAUAUUCACUAACGAUCAUUUAAAAUUGCCUCGCGUCAAUUUGCCCACAUUUUCGAGUGCGUUCCAAGAAUGGAUUCCAUUCCGUAAUAUGUUCCAGAGUAUGAUUGACCAGAAUGCCACGCUUCCCAACAUACAAAAAAUGCAGUAUCUACUCGCAGCAUUAAGUGGCGAAGCACUAGAUGUAAUUGGGUCUCUAGACGUAGCGGAUGAGAACUACGUUGAAGCUUGGGAGAUGCUGAAAGAAAGAUACGACGAUUCGGGCUUCAUUGUCCAAAAGCACAUUAAGGCGUUGUUUGAAAUUCCAGCAAUAGUUAAAGAGAAUCAUAUAUUGCUACGACGUUUUUUGGAUAGCGUCUUGAAACACUUGCGAGCAUUAAAAGCAUUAGAUUAA